CAAUGACGUCACACUCAAAUCUCUGUGGAGGAGAUUCGCAGAUUUUCGUCAAACGCGGAAGUGUUGAAGUCAGGGUCUGUUUUUUCCUGUCAGGCAGAGAGCUCCGUCACAUGACUGCACCGACAUGGCCCGAGCUGCACCGUAGUACUGUUCACUCCAUCAACCCACCGGUGUGACGUUUAGGUGAGACACACGAAGCUUGUUCGCGGAUACUUUGUUCGCCUGCUCGACGGUGUUCGCCCGUGUUCGCUAACCAGCUAGCCUCCCCGCUACAGAGGCUGUUGCUGGGUAGAACAGCCGCACAUACCGCGACACUGACGUGAGCCUCUCUUUGUCCAUAUUGAGCCAUGGAGAGAGGAGAAGCUGCAUCAGAGCUCCAGUCGCGGCUGUCCUCCCUCUCCUUCUCCUCGUUCCCCGGGAUCACGUCCAAGCAGAGCGACAACAGACCGCUGGACAGGCUCCAGAGCACAGACCUCUCUCAAAGCUGCACCCAAUCCAAAAACCAAGCUGAUAUGGAGGAAACCAAGGGGGGAUCAGAGCAACAAUCUGAGGGUAAUGCAGCGGCCCCAGCAGAGCUGGCCCUGGGGGAAGGAGGCGAGGAGAGCAACCGUGCUGGGAGUUGUGAGCUCUCUGCUGAGAUGAAAGCCCAGAUGCCGCCCCUGAAGCCACCAACAACGUGGACAUCUGCUGCACUAAAGGAGCUGAAAGCAAAGCUUCGAACGGAGGACGACAGCGUGGUGACAGUUUACCGAGGCGACAUCAUGACAGUUCAUGUGCCCACCGUCCCUGAGGCCAGAAAAGUGUGCUGGGAGUUUGCCACCGACAGUUAUGACAUUGGCUUUGGCAUAUAUUUUGACUGGACUCCUGUCACAAGCCGGUCUAUCACUGUGCACAUCAGCGAGUCAAGUGAUGACGAAGAUGAAGAGGAGGAGCUGGAAGGGCCUGUCAGUAACGGAGACGUUGAGAAGGGCUCCAAGGCUCAAAGCAACUCAAACUUGGCCGAAAUCUUGCCUGUAUACCGCCAGGACAGUCACACUUCCGUCCAGGGGGGGAGCCACGAUUUUCCAGGUGAAGGCACUUACCUCCUGAAGUUUGAUAACUCCUACUCACUAUGGCGAAAUAAAACUCUUUACUACAGAGUCUAUUACAGUGCCUGAGAUGGCAGAUUAUGAAUGUAGAGUUUAAAGAAGUAUACUACUUGUAAGACCAAUGAACUAUUUUUGAUUCCAUACUUGGAAAAAGAUAAAGUUAUAAUGUAAAAGUUUAAAUAAAGGCAUAUCUAUUUUUAGCACUAUCAGCUUGUGUUCCCACAUGUUGAAUUCACAAUCAGAUAGUUUUGAAUGCAACAUUUGCUCCGAUGUCUUGCUGAUAGAUAUUUGAAGAACCCUUGCAUAUGUGCCAUGUCCCUGUUUAUGCACUGUACUAGUUGGUCAAGUGCCCGCCAUUAAACAUUAAUUGUCUUCAGCUGUGACAUUUCUAUGGUAGCAGUGAUCAGGGAACACCUGCACAGAAUUAAUUUCACCAGGCCAGGUGCUUAAUCAGCAGUGCUCUAAAGAAAUACAUUUUUCUGUUGUGGUGUGUGUGUACUGUAAGCGUGCACCUUCUAUGAUUAUGUUGCUUUGUUGUUGUUACGUGUAUUUAUCCUUCUGCUUUGUAUUGUAACUUAUUUUUUUAUCUGUGUCAAACUAUAUUGCGUAAUAAUGGAGAAUAUAAUUAUAUAAUUCAAAUUCUGUGCACAGAGUUGUCUACUGUCAUAGUGGUGUGUUGGUUAAAGAUAUAAGUUGAAUGUACUGAAGCAAGUGGUAAUAGUUUACCAGAGUGCUUUUUAUGACACAAAUAAAAGCCAUCCCUUAUCACACAAAGCUCUUAUGUAAUAUGGUUUCAAUAUUUACAGUUGCCUUCCCUCCCUUUUUAAUUUGCUGUUUCAGACGUAGCGAGCGGUUGUGAUAUUUCAUCUACACGCAUUUUGUGCACAGAUCUAUGUAAAUAAAGGUCUGUGUUAGUUUUUGGAUUUCCUCUGUGCUUUCUGUAUGCUUUUGAUUAUGUUGCCUUAUUCCUUCCAGUUUCUAAAACCGUUGAGUUUCUACCACACUCACUGGUGCGCAUGUUCCCAAAGAUGUCUCAGAUUUGGCUGCUAAUGCCGUAUUCAAUGUAAAGCAACUGGUUUGAAGCUUCUCAUGUCUGCUGAACUGUACCUUUUACUGUAAGUCAUGAUGACAUUUGUUCCUGAAAUUUAUAUUCCACAAUAAAGAGAAG